AUGACUUUAAAUCAUGAACAUUUAUUAAAUACAUCGACAGUUUUAUCGAAUAUUGAUUUAAGUUUUAACACUCGUUUCAUGUGGAGGCGAACUCCUCGACGUAAAUUGUUUUCAUCCAGUGAAGAAGAAGGUGAUAGUCCACCAAAAGAUUGUCGAAUGCAAAAUAAUAAUAGUUUAGUUUCAACACACUCAAUUUCUGUUGGUGAUACAGAUGAACAGUUAAAUAUGUUUGAAUGUGUUAGUAGAAGAUCAACAACCUCCACAGCAAAUUCUUCUUUAUUAAUGCAACAGGCUAAAUUAGAACAGUUCGGAUUUGAAACACGGACUCGUCCACAACCACUAUCACAACAAAAGCAACACCAACGUAGUCGAAAUCGACAUAGUCAACGAAGUAUGAAACAACGAGCUGAUUCUUUGGCAAUGUCGAAUAGACAAAAGAUAAAAAAAUUAGAUCAUGAGAUGACGACAACUACCAUAACAUCAACAACUCAGGAUGAUAAUACUAAUAAUCAAAAACAAUUACAAGUAAGAAGUGGAACUACACAUCCAAUGCAAACAAGAUCGCAAUCGGCAUCGGAUUCGAACUCUGAUCAUUUAGUUCGUUUAUUUGAUAGAAAAUUAAUAACAGUAACCCCGUUAAAAGAUGAAACAUUUAUUACUAUGACAAGUACUGGUAUGAGUAGCGGAGGAAUAAGUAGUGGAGAUGAAUAUGAAAUCAGAAUAUUAAACACGUCGAAUAUAAAUUCAAUUCGACAAUUAAGAACUCGUCCAUUACCAUUUUUACUAUCCAUAUCGUCUGAUAAUGAACAAUUACCUGCUACAAUGACGACUAAAAAUCGAACACCAAUGUUAAACAUUAAAAACAGUACUUUUAAUAAAUCAUCGAAUAAUAAACGUUCUAGUGCUGAAAUUGAUGAAGUGAAGAAAAAUGGAAAACGAAGAAAAGUUGUUUAUCAAGAACAAAAUGAAAAUAAAGAAAAUAUUUUCAAGAAAUCAAUAACAUUGAUUCGGCCAAAAUUGUGUCGGAGUAUAUCGGAGCCAUUCGAACAGUUUGAUGAAGCACGUUUAAAAGUAUCUGUUGAACUUGGAACUAAUCGAGAUCUUGUUGGUGAUCGAACACGUUCAUACUUAUUACCACGUUGUCAUAGUCAUAAACAUAAUGAUCUUGCUUGUAUUGCACCUAAAACGCUGGUUGAUGUUUUACAAAAUCGUUAUUCAUCUGAUAUCGAACAGUUUCAUAUAAUUGAUUGUCGCUAUCCGUACGAAUACGAUGGUGGUCACAUUUUUUCAUCUAGAAAUUUUUAUACACGUGAGCAAAUACAACGUGAAUAUUUCAAUGAACCAUUACAAUUAGAAAAUGAAACAAAACGUUUUAUUAUCAUAUUUCAUUGUGAAUUUUCGUCGGAACGAGCACCAUCAUUAUUACGAUUUUUUCGAGAAAUCGAUCGUAAUCGACAUGUUUCAUCUUAUCCAGAGUUAUAUUAUCCAGAAAUUUAUCUGUUAGAAGGCGGUUAUAAAGCAUUUUUUGAAUAUGCAAAAGAUCAUUGUUUACCACAAACAUAUCGUCCAAUGUUAGAAAUCGGUUUCACUGAUCAAUUACAACAUUAUCGAUUUAAAACAAAACAAUUAAAAAAAACAAAAUCAUCUAGUUUUGAGAUCAAUAGUAUAACGAGUACCACUCGUAUUAGCAAUAAAUAUUAUACACUUCGAAAUACGGAUAAUCAAUUAUGA